CAACUAAUUUACACAUUUAAGGUAAUAUUGAAAGUCAUUUUAAUCUUUCUUAACCUUUCUAAGCCAUUGUUCUUUUCAUGCGCGGUUCGUUUACGGUUUGAACUGUUCAUUCAAAGACAAUGGGAGGAUUAAGGCAGUCCAAUUAGUGAUCUACAUAAGUAUAAACAAACAGCUAAACUACUUUGGGUUAUCGCGAAAUCUAUUACUGUUCGGAGCGUUCGUUCAGCUUUUUCCCUUCUUCCAUUUUUUCUGGCCGUUUACAUGGCUAGAAUAUAACACAGCCCUGGCGGGUUAGAAGUAUAAUUAAUUGCUACUGACCUUCACAAUCAGAAUUUACGGCGCUAUUAAGAUCUGUCACAAAGCAACGAAUCGAGAGGGAAAAUAUUUAGAUGUCAAUAAUUUCCGGCGGAACGCGCGCUUCACUGGAAUGGCAGAAGGAUUGAAACGUAAGAUGCGAAACAUUUGUUUGAUUGAUUCUUUGUGGAAGACCAGAUUGAACUGUUCGUUUCACAUUACGAAAAGCCCUUUGACGGUGACGAACAUUUAACAUUCGACAAUUCUUCACACAUCAGUUUUGACACUGGCCUAGAGACUGUCCAAGUGGGAAUAUUUAUAAUCUUGUUGGCCUUUCAUUCUCUUCACUAUUUUUUCAACGGACAGUUUAUCACUUCGGGAUCAACACAACAAAGUGGAUAUGGUUGUGUUUUUGUUUCCGUUCUGCGUAUUUCUUAAGCUACAACUUUUGGUACAAUUCUCGAAUUGUUUCGAAGAAAAGAACCGUCCGAGUUGGACAUUGUCGUCUGGCAGCGUUUGGCCGGCCUUUAAGGACAACCAGCCGGUAAAUCAUCAAUUUAUAUUACCCAGGAUACGAUAUACUGCUAGAAAAGACAAAACACCGACAGCUCCUGGGUCGGCCUACGUAGCAAAAACGGCCGGUAACUCAGAGAUAAAGGCAGAAAUAACAUUCAUUGCCUUUCAACAAAACUUCACGCUUGACUUGUAUCAGAAUCGCGGCCUCUUCACUUCGCGAUAUCGUGAAAGACACGAACGCUAUAACAACGACUCUGCCACAGACACGAGAACUAUGAACCACUGUUUCUACCAUGGCACUUUGAGGGGUAGGGAAAGGUCGACAGUGUCUCUUUCUACUUGUGAAGGGAUCGAGGGCCUGAUUUUCGACGGACUUAAGUCUUACCAUAUAGAACCAACAGACAACUCAUUUCAUUUAAUCUAUAGAAUGGAUGAUUAUAACUUUAACGAACAUUACUCAACCGAACAAAGAACGACACAGGACGAGGGCGUUUGCACGAUUAAUAUUCAAACUCAUCGAGGGUUUUCAAAAAGAUCUACUGAAAACGACUUAAAAACUCACAAAAGAACUCGUAGGGACGUCUUUACCGAAACCAAAUAUGUUGAACUGCUUAUAAUUAACGACCACAAACAAUUUGAAGCUUGUGGAAAGAACCUGACCAAGACAAAUAUGCGCGCAAAGCAGAUCGCAAAUAUAGUGGAUGCUAUUUUUAAACCGCUGAACGUGCGUGUCGCGUUGGUUGCUAUAGAAACCUGGGACGUAGCGGACAAAGUGAAAGCGGACGACGAUGCAGAGACGUACUUGUCAAACUUGAUAAAAUACAGAAAAAAGAAACUGCUUCGAAAGUAUCCAAAUGACGUAACGAAACUUUUAACUGGAGUGUCGCUCAGAGAUUCCAUUCGCGGCAAAGCUCAGGUUAUGACAAUCUGUUCGCGGCAAUCCGCGGGCGUUAUUCAGGAUUACAGCCGGAACGCCGCGUUCACCGCGAACACGUUCGCCCACGAGCUGGGUCACUUGUUUGGCAUGUAUCACGAUGAAGAUCUUCCGCGCUGUGUGUGCAACACGCGCAACUCGCGCGGAUGCGUAAUGAGCGAGCAUGUCGGUCGUGAACCAGCCACUGAAUUCAGCAACUGCAGUCUUAAGGGGCUCGAGGAGACUUUAUCGCGGGGCUUAGGGAACUGUCUUUUUAACGUUCCUAGGAGUUUGGUUGGGGGACCGGUUUGUGGAGACGGUAUCGUUGGAGGCGGCGAGGAGUGCGACUGUGGAACGGCGCAAGAAUGUGCUGAUAAGAGAGACAAUUGCUGCAAUCACGUGACGUGCAAGCUGCGUGCGCAUGCUCAGUGUGCCGAUGGCGCGUGCUGUGAAAAGUGUAGGUUUAAAAUGAGUGGAGCUAUUUGCAGGGAGAAAGUCGACGAAUGUGACAUCCCGGAAACUUGCAAGGGCUCUUCAGGGGUUUGUCCCCAGGAUGCGUUUGUCCAUAAUGGCUAUCCUUGUGCAAACAACACGGCCUAUUGUUAUCUUGGGAAAUGUCUGACCCACGACCAGCAAUGUCAGGACCUGUGGGGCCGCGAUGCCGUAUCAGGUCCUGAUAUGUGCUAUAAUUAUCACAACACGCGCAGCCCGGACAAAUUUGGCCACUGCCGCAGGUCAAAGAAAGGGAGAUAUCGAGCUUGCCAGCUGCAGGAUGCAAAAUGUGGCAAGCUGUGGUGCCGUGCGAGAAAUCAACGGCCUGUCAUAGGCAUACGGCGAGAUGUGAUGAACUCACGCUGGCCUUUUGAUGGUAAAAUAAUCACGUGUAAAGGGGCAAGCUUACAAAUGGGCCUGGAUGUACCUGACGCGGCCAUGACUCUCGAGGGAACGAAAUGCGGUGACGGCAAAGUAUGCCUGAACCGCCAAUGUGUUUCAGUAAAUGAAAUUCUUAAAAUGGUGCCUGGCUGUGCCAAAAACUGCUCAGGUAAUGGAGUAUGUAGCAAUAUUGGCACAUGCCACUGUUACGAACCAUGGACAGGGAUCUCCUGUGGUGAAAAGAUCCAUGAUAUCAAACCAACUUCUAAAGCAAGCCAGCCGAUUAAAACACUGUUCUAUAGCACCACAAGAACGUAUUUGUCCACGCAAAAAUCAUCAACAACUACACAGACGACGUCAAUGAGAACUUUGACUCCAACUGCUGUCCAAGGAAUUGAAUCCAAAGUAAUUUACUCCACUGUUUCUGCGAGCCUAGUGGCUUUAAUCAUUCUCCUUGUGGUAGGACUUUGUAGUUAUAAACGACACUACAAGCACCAGAAAUUUGUGUUGCAACAUACGAGUAAAACACGUAAAAUUCGGUCACAAGUUAAGGUCAUUGUUAUUUAAGAGAAACGGUAAAUUAAGUAUUUUAUAGACGAGUCUCCCAAGACCUUAAAAUAAGGGGAACAAUUGUAUAUAAACAUUUUUCAGAAUUAAAUUAUUGGUGCAGCUUUGCCUUUGUUCACCUUCUUUAUCGCAACGCUUCUUCUAUUUAUAUCAUGCCACAGAAAAAAACAGCCAAUCAGAAUGCAGGAAAGCCGUCGUAUAUUCGAUAGUAUUACACUCAACCUUCCCAUCAUGCGCCGCGCGUAUGUCGCAUUGAUUGUGUUGGCC